AUGGAGUUCUCAGUAUCAAGGCAUCGUUGCCACCUCUAUUCCUCUACAAAAACGCGCACCUAUCUUGGGCUAAUUAGUGCCAGCGAAUACACAGCAAUGGCUAUAGCCCCCAUUAUUGGUGGUGCUUUGACAUCAUCCCUGUCCUGGCGUUGGUGCUUUUAUAUCAAUCUCCCAACUUCUGCUGCUCCAGCGGCGAUUCUACUUUUGCUGAAAACUCCUGGUAUACCCUUACGAGGUGAGAAAUCCCAUAUUCAAAGAUUGCGUCAAUUGGAUCUACUAGGAUGUCUCUUUUACGCUCCCGCCGUGCUUUGCCUCUUGCUCGCGCUACAAAUGGGUGGAGAGAUCUACAGCUGGAGCGAUGCGCGUAUCAUAGCCCUUUUCAUACUGGCCCCGAUCCUAUGCCUUAUCUUUUGUUAUACUCAGCACGUCAAACAAGACGCGGCCAUGAUGCCUCCUCGAAUCAUCAAGAAGAGAACCAUCAUGGCAUCCGCUCUAUUUAGUCUGUCGCUCUCCGCUUGUCGUGCGAUUGUACAAUACUAUAUUGCCAUUUGGUUCCAAACAGUUCGAGGGGUAUCUCCUCUGCAGUCGGGGAUCAAUACUCUUCCAAUGGUGGUUGCUAUUCUGGUGUCUGCUGUGGUGGCCGGUCGAUUCAUUUCCAUCACAGGGUCUUAUACGCCGAUCAUGAUCCCCGCUGGUUUUUUGAUAGUAACCAGCAUUUCAAUAAUGACUACCCUCACCCAUACGACUCCUAAGCGAUUGUGGGUAACAUCGCUUGUUCUGCUUGGAAUCGGCUCUGGGAGCAGUGUUGCCACCCCGUUCAUUGCCGCACAGACCGUCCUCAAUAUAAAUGAUAUCUCGGCCGGAAUGGCUUUGAUGACUUUAUCCCAGGAUCUCGGGGAGGCGGUUUUCAUUAGUGUUGCUCAGGCCAUUUUCCUCAAUCGUCUGGCGAGUGCGCUUCGUACUACAGUGCCGGGCCUCAGCCCACAAGAGGUCCUGCAUCUGGGAGCAACGAAUUUGAAAGAUAAAAUACCUUCGCAAGAUGUUGAGGGUGUGGCUCUCUCGUAUAAUGUUGGGGUGCGGUCGACAUUCUACCUGGCGGUCGCCUUAGCGGCAACUAUAGUGGUUGCGGCAUUGCCGCUCUAG